AUGGGCGAAGGGAAGAGUGACUCCCUCAGACAGUCAAAGGAAACGUGCUUGUUGGUUUCGGAUUUGCCCUCCCCGGGCGAUUGUCUUGAUUCAGCUAGUUUCUGGAACCUGCCCGUCACAGAGAAAGAUGCACACCUGAGAAAGAAAAAGAAAAAAUCGCAGUUUUGGAUCUGGCUAUCCUGCAGAAGAUGGGAGGAGAGACGAACAGAGACAAGAUCGCUCGGAUCGAGAGCUUUGUUACCGAGAGAGAGUCUCGACGAUGAUGAGAGCAAGCAUAACCUUCAGCAAGCCAGGCAGCUGGGCGAGAAAGCCGAGGAGGUGGCUGAAGUAAAGCUGGACGACGGUUCUGUAACUGUUGCUCGCGAUAAGCCAAGACCAGUCAGGGAGUCAAUGGUGUUCAAGUCAGACUACAUUGUUGAGCCUGAGUCUGUUGCAUCAGCCCUCGCCGCAAGCAACCUUGGUCUGCUCCAUCUUGCCACACUCCCUCUCCCCGUCGAACUGGACGCCACACCUCAGACCCUCCAGGUGCCUGCGACGAUAUCUACCAGCAAGACCGAGGAAUUAUUAUUGGCUGAAGCGGCCCGAGCGAGUGGUGAACCGGACUUCCACCGCCAUGCAGACGCCAUCCAUACGACACCUGAGAGCAACAUGAUGAAACCUGCAAACCUCUUCUCUCCCUUCGCGGCUCAGAUGCCCACGGCGGAAGAGUUCAAGGCCGCUGAAGCCCAGUUUUCCUUUCCUGCCACUUCUUCGAAUUCGAUCCCCCUUCAAGUCCAGUGGAAUCGAGGCAAGUCAAGACCAAGAAUUUAG